AUGUCGCAAGUUUCGCCGCUCUUCGAAGCGCCAAGGACAAACUUGAACACAAACACAAACAUAAACACAAACGUUGACGCCCACGGCACCCCAAACACAAACCCAAGUGCACACAUAGACAUACACAGAAACGUGGCCAAUGUGCACACACAGACGGAUACCAGCGGGGGCCAAGGAGGGGCCGUGAAAACAGAAGCAGGCGCCGCCGCCGAUAUGGCUGCAAAAAACGAGUCUGUGGCGGAGGCCAAACCAGACCCAGACAGGAAGCCGUCGAAGCUCUCGACGCUGUCACCCGAGGCGCUUCGCGUGGCGGCAGAAAUCACGCCGCACCGCCUUGCCAACCUCUUGAUCCGCAAGGGGCCAUUGGCUAUUCGCGUGAUUACGGCGCAAUUGGCCGCCGAGGUGCCCGGCUUUGAGCUCUUGUCGCUUCUGAAACAGCGCAGACUCAUUAUGGCAGCCAUGGAACAGGGCGACGCAGCAAACAACGUGGUGUUCGAGAAAAUCGGCUGGGGCCAGUGGGCCGUGCGCCGCUCCGGCCUGGACUACAUCGUCACCGAUGCGGGAACAGAGCCCGUCAGUGUGCACGAGUUGCGCGAAAAGGCCAAGUUGGGCUGGUCCAAGAAAAGCGCUGCGGCGGCGCGGCGUGACUCCAUCAGCAAGGGCGGGUUGCACAGUGUGCGGGUUCCGGACGAGCACGGCGUGCAGAUGUCGGGCGACCACGGCAUGCGGUCGCCAGAGAAUGAGAGCGACUCUGCCCUGGAUUCGGACGACGACAUGGACAUGCUUGAGCAAAGCCAUAUCGACGUGCAGCGCGAGUCGCACCGCGAGACGUCUUCCAGAGCACGGGCUGAAGUGCAGCAGCUCAGCCGAGGCCGUCCUGACGACACCGCCAUUGCCGAGGACUCGGACGAGGAGGAUCUUUUUGCCUUUGACGAGGACCACAAGUCGCCGCCCUUGUUUGCGCAACGUGUGCCAACAAAGAUCAGCCCACCGCCUGUGCACGGACGGCGCAAGUCGUCGUCGGCAGUAUCCAACGGCGUGGCAAAGAACACAAACUAUUCACGGCACCAGAUUUUUAACCGCAACCGCUUAAACUCGCUCGAAAACUUGGACAAUUACAUUGUGUCGUCCGCACGCAACCUGCUGUUUUCCGUGAGCUCGCCGCCGCCAGCCGGUUCUGUAGGGUCGGCCUCGCCGCUCGGGUCUUGGGGCGCCAACCAGGGCGCAUUUGCGCUUGUGGAGCCAUUGGUGCGUGGGCGACGCAAGCUGUCGUUCAACGAGUCAAGCAUGCGGUCAACCCUUCUGGCGUCACGCCGAGAGUCACGCACAGACGCUUCCUCGGAUACGGACGAAGAGGACUGGGCUAGCAUGGGCGCCGAGAGCCUCCGAAAAAACUCAGCUGGCCUGAGCCCAUCGCUUGAUCAGGCGGAGGAGCGCACAGCCGCGCGGGCGUUGGUGAACCUAAUGACGAUUUAG